AUGGAGCACCCAGAAUUGACUCGUGCACGCCAAUGUGAACCAAUCGCGAUCGUGGGCAUAGGAUGCCGAUUACCAGGGAAAGCUUCAUCCCCAUCUAAACUGUGGGAAUUGCUCGUCAGCAACGAGACGGGCCAUUGCGUUGUUCCAUUGGAGCGCUACAAUGCAGCGGCAUAUUAUCACUCAGAUGCGGAACGACCAGGAAGUAUCAAUUCGACUGGUGGGUACUUCAUCCAGGAAGACAUCCGAGCCUUCGAAAACGCAUUCUUCGGAAUCAACAACCUCGAGGCCACCUCCAUGGACGCCCAGCAAAGGAAGCUCCUCGAAGUGACCUAUGAGGCGUUGGAGAAUGCCGGUGUGCCGUUGGAAACAAUCCAGGGCUCAAACACCGGUGUUUAUGUCGGCAACUUCACCAACGAUUUCUUGAAUAUGCAGUACAAAGACCCGGAGUACUUUUCCCGAUACAGUGCCACAGGAUCGGGUCUGACCGUGCUGGCGAAUCGGAUUACACAUUGCUUUGAUCUGCGUGGGCCAUCCCAUGUGGUUGAUACGGCUUGUUCGUCGUCAUUGUAUGCACUGCAUUCAGCAUGUUUGGCCCUAGAUGCCCGGGAUUGUGAUGCGGCCGUGGUGGCUGCUGCAAAUCUCAUACAGUCCCCAGAGCAGCAGAUGGUUGCUGUCAAAGCGGGGAUUUUGUCGCCAGACUCUAUGUGCCAUACCUUUGAUGAAUCAGCCAACGGAUAUGGUAGAGCGGAGGGCGUGUCAGCCGUAUAUCUGAAGCGGCUGAGUGAUGCGCUGAGAGAUGGAGAUCCCAUUCGCUCGAUCGUUCGAGGAACCUCUGUCAACGGAAAUGGCCGAACACCAGGCAUUGUCCAGCCCAGUGUGGAAGGCCAAAAGGCCGUCAUUAGGGCAGCGUAUCGUCGGGCAGGACUGGAUCUGGGAGACACGGACUACGUCGAAGCGCAUGGAACGGGCACCAAGGUCGGUGAUCCUAUGGAGGUCGAGGCCAUAGCCGAUGUUUUUCAUCAUCGGACGGGACGGCCGACUCUUAUUGGGGGGAUCAAGCCGAAUGUUGGUCACAGCGAAGGGGCGAGCGGUCUUUCAAGCCUAAUCAAAGUCACCCUAGCGCUCGAAAAUGACUUACUCCCUGCGACGGCCGGAGUGAAGGCGAUCAACCCGAGCCUCAAAUUAAAGGAAUGGAACGUGGACAUUGUUACUGCCAAUCAACCGUGGCCAGUAACUCGGGUUCCGCGAGCCUCAGUCAAUUCAUUUGGUUUCGGUGGCUCAAAUAGCCAUGCUAUUCUGGAAGCCGCGCAGAUGGACCUAUUGACUAACGGUUGUAGGGAUUGGCCGGUAGGCGAAAAUGCGGAGCAGCUCUAUCUGUUACCUCUUUCGGCUCGAUCUGAGACAUCACUCGCACAGAUGGCUAGUAACCUGGCUGAUUUCGUUUCGGACUCAGGUCGGGAGAUUCGAAUUGAUGAUCUGGCUUUUACGUUGAGCUGUCGUCGCUCCAAGCUAGCCACUCGUGGCUUUUUAGUCGAAUCUCAAGCGAGCCUGGAUAAGGGGCUCACUGUGGCAAACCUGAAAGUGAGAGAUUCCACCAGUGAGGGACCAUUCCCGCUGGUGUUUGUUUACACCGGACAGGGAGCACAGUGGGCUGGAAUGGGCAAAGAGCUUCUGAGCCAUAGCUACGUGUUUAGAAAGACCAUAGGCUACCUUGACUCUUGUCUCCGCGCCCUUGGCCCAGAACACGCGCCCGCUUGGACAUUGGAGGGUAUUCUGCGAGGUGAUGAACACUGCGAUAUUAGCGCCGCAGAAAUUUCACAGCCACUGUGUACGGCAGUGCAAAUUGCCCUGACGGACGUACUCAAAGAUUGGGGUGCUCUGCCAGAGAUGGUGACUGGCCACUCUUCCGGCGAGAUGGGAGCAGCGUAUGCGGCCGGGGCUAUCGAUGCUCGGCAAGCCAUCUUCGCGUCCUUUUUCCGCGGAACUACUGUCUCCGAAUAUUCCCCCGACGGCUCCAUGGCGGCCGUCGGACUAGGGAAAGAUCAGGCCGAGGCGAUAAUCGAGGAAUGUGCGUUGGGAGUGUCUGUUACUGUCGCUUGUGCGAACUCGCCAGAGAGCACGACCGUGAGUGGGGAUACCGUCGCCGUCAAUGAGCUUCUUAGGACACUCAAAGAAAAGGAUAUCUGGGCUCGAAAGCUAAAGACCGGAGGUAAAGCGUACCACUCGCACCACAUGAAAAUCCUAGGCUCGAAAUACGAGGCCUCACUCGAGCGCCAUUGGCAUAUGGCCAAUGGUAAACACGAUGCAAAUGGCACCUUGGAUUGUCCAGAGUCAUCAGUGGUCAUGAUUUCCACUGUGACUGGUGGACUGGUAAGUGCGAAUCAAGUUGGGACACCCACAUACUGGCGAACAAACCUCGAAUCUCCAGUGCGAUUUGACGAGGCCAUUCAAGAUAUCUUGGCGCGUGGCACUUACCAUCUGGUAGAACUUGGUCCGCACUCAGCUUUACAACUUCCUAUCAAGCAGAAUGCCUCGACGCUCGAACAAAGUCGAUACAUUUAUAAUUCCUCUCUCAUCCGUGACCAAGAUGCUUGGCUGACUACCCUUCAGCUUGUCGGUUCACUGUUUUUGCAUGGACAUGAUGAGCUUCAAUACCACAAGAUGUUUGCGGAUAAAUUGAAGACCGGUGUUUUGGUUGAUUUGCCUCCUUAUCCCUGGGACUACAGCUCUCCCGCCCUGUGGUCCGAGCCUCGCGCCAGUACCGAAUUCCGUCAACGCAAAUACCCCCGGCAUGAUCUUCUCGGAUCUCAGGUGUCUGGAGGGAGCACCGCGGGAGUGACGUGGCGAAAUAUAUUGAACCUCAAUGAAGUCGACUGGCUUACGGAUCAUUGCCUGGGUCCGUCGGUGGUAUUCCCCGCCGCUGCAUAUAUCGCAAUGGCAGUCGAGGCGAUGUGUCAGGUUGCAGGUCUGCAGCUGGCAGAUUGUCCUGGUGUGGAACUUCGCGAUCUCAACUUCAUCACAGCUCUCGACAUGGAUCCCGAGCGAAAGCCAACGGUGGAGAUCUUUACCGAGAUGCGAGCGAUGAAAAUUUCCAACCUGACGAAUUCAGAUAAAUGGUGGAGAUUCAGUGUUGUCUCGAUCGACAGUGAUUCCCAGACGACCUUGCAUAUGAACGCGGCUGUCCGCCUCCCAGAAACCUCGCCACAGACAACUCGACAGAUUAAGCUUGACAUGUCAAAGAUGCAACAGGAUGCGGUCCGUGUCUGGUAUGACAAGUUCACUCAAGAAGGGCUCAACUGGGGUCCCAAGUUUGCUGUCAUGGAGGAGGUCUUCCGAGAUCGCGCGCGCACGGCGCACGUAGCAGCAGCCACUACACAUCUCCAGCGGGGAGAAGGGUUAGGUCAGUACAUUGCACAUCCGAUUUCCAUAGAUGCGAUGCUACAAACAGCCUUCGUUGCGACUACUAGCGGCGUGGUUAGUAAGCUCCGGGCUACCGUCCCUGUUGCGAUGGAUUCCGUUUACAUCGCCUCUCCGUCGGCCCUCGACAUGGAUACCGACAGGCCAUGGUUCAUUGACUCCCAGUCAGAGAACGUAGGAUUUGGAACGGUUAAGAUCAACGCAGAGCUAUUUAAUUCGUCUGGUCAGGUCUUGAUCAGGAUGGGCCAGGCUCGUUGUAUUGCCUACCAAGGGAACAGACAGACGGAAGCUACCGAGCAACGAAAUCCUCUCGUGAGAGCUACAUGGAAGCCAGAUCUCUCCACGAUUACCAACGCGGUCCUUGAUGAGUAUCUGAACUGGUUCGUACAGAACUGCGGCUCUAAGGAGUUGGCUAAUACGGACAUGCUGCGCUUGGCUGGUGCCCUGGAUUUAGCCUGUCACCAGCGGUGUAACAGCAAUAUCCUCGAACUUGGCAUCCAAACUCGGACAGCAGAAACUGUCCGUGGGCUCUUACGUGUCGAGUCAUCUUUCCGAAGGUUUAACACCUAUUCUUGCGGUGUCUUCCAAGACGGCGAGCUAGUCGGUGCGGAGGUUUUCUCAGAAAGUCCAGACGAGCAAAAGCUAGAGCGCCCGGCGGGGAUUCCACAGGAAAGGAAGUUUGAUAUAGUUAUCGUCCCCUCGGUUGAUCUCUGGACGCCAGUCCUUUUGGGCAGGCUCACACCGGGAGCAACUGUUAUCAUGACGGGUGAUGCACUCAGUGACCAUUCCACUUGGACGAAGGUCAUCAAAGGAAGUGGUUCUUUUCCUGUGACAGUCGCGACCAUAAGCGCCCUACCUAGCGAGGGGAAGGUUGAUAAACCCCCAACAAUCGUGGUGACUCGAGACCAAAACAUAACGUGCCUAGAUCGACAGCUCCAAAAGGUCUUACAAGAACAUUUAGGAUCCGUGGUCAAUAUUGUGGAUUUGUCCCAAGUCAGCGUCGCAACCGUUCCGGACCGAUCAUUUGUCAUAUCGACCCUAGAACUGCAGCAGCCUCUUCUAAGCCGGAUUGACGAGGGUGAAAUGACGCAGCUGAAAAGCAUAACCGACCGUGUAGCCAAGAUCGUAUGGGUCGUCAAAGGCGGUUUCGUGGGUGGAGAAACCCCCGACUUCGCUCCUGUUCUGGGACUUUCUCGUGCGCUUAUGCUGGAACAGCCUUCCCUGCAAUUUGCGGUUCUAGAUGUAGACGCUAAAUCAGCAUCAUCUCCUGACACCCUGCAUAAUAUCGUCCAUGUUUUGGACCGACUGAUUCAUCAACCGGAGCCGGACUUUGAAUUCGCCCAACGAGACGGCGUCCUUCAUAUCUCUCGCUGGGAACCAGAUGAACGUCUCAACGAAAGCUUCCGUCUGAAGCAGAAUAAUGAAACCAUUGACUCUCCUCUAGGAAUUGCCGGACGUUGCGAGUUGGGUAUCAAGAGCCCGGGGCAAAUGGACACGAUCCAUUUCGUGCGAAAGGAGUAUCCAACCGACUUGCAUCCAGAUGAUGUGGAAAUCAGCGUGAAGAGUAUAGGUAUGAACGCAAAGGAUUUGUAUGCUAUAAGCGCCAAGGUGGACACCAGGGAUGCAUCAUGUUCGUGUGAAUGUGCCGGUGUUAUUACCGCUGUGGGCGACAAUGUUUCCGAGUUUAAGACUGGUGAUCGUGUAGUUGCAAUGGCCCCCGGCCAUUUUGCAACUGUGGAGCGAUUCCCAAACUGGGCAGUGUGUAAAAUGACCAACGAGGAGGACUUUACGACCACCUCCACUAUUCCGAUUGUUUUUUCGACGGUUAUUUAUGGACUGAAGCAUCGGGCGAACCUACAGUCAGGAGAGACUGUCCUUAUUCAUUCCGCUGCCGGGGGCGUUGGGAUUGCGGCGAUCCAAUACGCGAAGCAUCUUGGGGCAAAGAUUUUUGCCACAGUCGGGAACGAAUCUAAAAAGUCGUUCCUCGUCGAGAAGUAUGCUCUGGAUCCGGCGCACAUUUUUAGCUCGCGGGAUUCAACCUUCCUUCCUGCGAUUAUGGAAGCCACUUCUGGUCAGGGGGUUGACGUGGUUUUGAAUUCUCUCACCGGUGAUCUUCUGCACAGCAGCUUUGAGGCAUGUGCCGACUUUGGCCGCUUCAUAGAAAUUGGGAAACGUGACAUCCUUGAUCAUGGCGUGCUAGACAUGUCCACAUUCGGCCGCAAUGUGUCCUUCAUGGCAUUUGACCUGUCCAAUCUCUAUCUCUCCCAGAAGCAAGCCCACCAUCAACUAUGGAAAGCACUCCUUACAGAGAGUCUUGAUUUAGUGAGGUCCAAGAUCUGUGAGCCGUGUUCCCCAAUCAAGACAUUCGACGCGUCGGAUAUUACCGAUGCGUUCAGGCACUUCUCCCUCGGCACUCGAUUGGGCAAAGUAACCGUGUCGUUCCAGGAUCCAGACAUGAAGGUAAGGGUGAUUCCGACGAAGUAUGAAACUGCCUUCAGUGCCCAAAAGUGCUACCUCAUGGUCGGGUGCCUGGGAGGACUAGGUCGCAGUCUGUCCAAGUGGAUGAUAUCUUGCGGUGCUCGACGAUUCGUCUUUCUGGGUCGAUCCGGUUCCGAUAAGCCCGAUGCAAAAGAUCUAGUCGAUGAUCUUCGGGUCCAGGGAGCCCACGUCACAGUAAUCCGGGGAGAUGUUUGCCGGUAUGAGGAUGUCGAACGGGCCAUGAACGCCGCGAAUUACCCCAUUGGUGGUGUAAUCCAGGCGGCCAUGGCACUCAGCGAGGCUCUCUGGAGUGAUAUGCCUUACAGCGCAUGGCAUACUACCCUCGGCCCCAAGGUACAGGGCACUUGGAAUCUUCACAAUGCGUUGGGCCAGGGUCGGGACUCCCAGCUGGACUUUUUCGUCAUGACGUCGUCCAUCUCCGGGACCGUGGGCACGGCCACCGAAAGCAACUACUGCGCUGCCAACUCCUUCUUGGACGCUUUCGCCCGCUAUCGCAAUCGUCUCGGUCUGCCAGCCAUCUCCAUCGGCUACGGGAUGAUUUCGGAAGUGGGAUAUUUGCACGAGCACCCCGAGAUCGAGGCCCUCAUGAAGCGCAAAGGAAUCCACCCCAUCAACGAAGACGAACUAGUCCAGAUCAUGAACAUCGCCCUUGCGAACCAAAGGCCAGGCGUGUGGGACUCUCGGUACGACAACCUGGCGGGCAGCCACCUUCUCACCGGGGUGGAAUUCAUCGGUCUUCACGAGCAGCGGGAACGAGGAUUCGAGGGAGACAACCACGUAUUUGCUGAUCCUCGAGCUGCAUUGUUCACUGCAUCCUUUACCCGCCGUGUCGCGGGCGAGAUCGAGACACACAGCGCAGCGGCGCAUCGCCCUCGAGAGCUCGCCCGAGCGCUGCGCGACCACCAAGAUACAGCUUCUAUUGUUGAUGAAUUUCGGGCUGUUGUAUCGAAGAAGCUCUCCAAUCUUAUCCUUCUGCCCGAGAGCGAACUGGAAGCGGAUCGACCUCUGGGCGAAUUUGGCUUAGAUUCUAUGCUGGCUGCUGAGUUCCGGACCUUUAUUUUCCGCACCUUCGAGGUCGACGUACCCUUCGUUGUCCUGCUAAAAAGGAGUACGACAGUGAAUCUCCUGACUGACCUAAUUGCGCAUGGUUUGCAGAUGAGUGCUUAG